AUGGGAGAUUCACAACGAAAAGGUAAAACAGCAUAUAACACAUGGACCUCACAAAAGAGUAAUAUGUUGUUGGAACUGAUGGUUGAUGCUGCUAAUCGUGGAUGGCGUGAUAAUAAUGGUGUAUUUAGCAAACUAACUGUGGAAAGUAAGAUACUUCCUAAGCUAAAUGAAGCACUUGGAUGUAAUAAAAAUUAUACUCAAUAUCAGAGUCGCUUGAAAUGGUUUAAAACGCGUUAUCAAACAUUUUCUCAACUCAUGCGUUUCAACUCUAGUUUUGGAUGGGAUGCAGCCACACAAAGAUUCACUGCCACAGAUGAAAUAUGGAAUAAUUACUUUAAAUCUCAUCCAAACCAGAAACACCUUCGAACAGACACUUUUGCUGACUUUGAGGAUUUAAAAAUUGCUGUUGGAAAUAGAACUGCCAUUGGAAAAAACUCUAUUAGAUUGGGAGACGAUACAGAUGCAAGAAUUUAUGGACAAGAUGAAAGUACACAUGGUAGGAUAGAUGACUAUGUAUAUGAUGAGAUUAAUGAGAUAUAUGUUCCAACUCAACUCGAUCCAUCAUGCCAAGCACCUUCACCCGGACAUAAUGAACCAUCAAUGUCAGAGUUCGAUCCAAAUUUAGAAGUUCCCAUGGAAAAUGUUGUUCAAAGAAACCGAACUAGAAAUGAAUAUGAAGGGAAUACUCGUUCAUUUGAUCAGAAUGCCACUCGAGUUGAUCUUCUAGAAAAAAUUUCUCAUGAUUUGGACUCGAUUGGAAAAAUUGCCACUGAAAUUCGGGAUAACAUUGGUCGCUAUAAAGCACUUGCAUUGAUUCAGAAAAUGGGAGUUAAAGAUGCAUUCUUGAAGAUGUUACCUGAAGAGCGCUCAGAAUGGAUAUCAUUAAAUAUGGAAUGA